GCAUUUCCCAAUUAUAUCCUACCAGAGGGUUUCUUCUCCAAGUUGGCUGUUUAUUAUCUGCCUGCCACCACUUGCUCGCUUAUCAGUGGGCGCGUCGCGUGGGGGGGCCCGCCUGUGGACGGUUUCUAUUUCUAUAAAGAAGGCUUCUCCUUCUAUUAGCCGCGUACAGCAGCAAGCAAAGCAAGCAAGAGAUAGACAAGCAGCUCCAGUCCAACCAAGAACAAACAACAACCGCAGCAAGAGGAGAGGAGGCUCACCGGUCGCGACCAAAUUCUCCCAGAGACGGUCGGAAAUGAGGAGCCAAGCGCUGUUCUUCCUCACGAUCGCCCUUCUCACCGUGCUCGCGCGAUCCAGCAACAGGCACCACCACCACCACUCCCACGUUCAAAGCAGAGGGCAGGGAGCAGCAUCAGGAGGAGGAGGAGGAGGGGAGCUGGCGAGCCGGGGGAAGGCGGCGGCGCGCGCGUGGCCGUGCUGCGACAGCUGCGGCGGCUGCACCAGGUCGGAGCCACGGCUGUGCCGGUGCCUGGACGCGGCGCCCCGCGGGUGCCACCCGGCCUGCAGGGACUGCGUCAAGUCCAGCCUCAGCGCCGACCCGCCGGUGUACCAGUGCAUGGACCGCGUCCCCGACUUCUGCCUGCGCCGCUGCACCGCGCCCGCCGCCGCCGCGCGGUGACCAGGCGACUGGUUUCUGCUUGCUCUUGAGUCUUGACCCACCCACCCACCACCAACCGCUCCAGCCUUUCGCCCACCCCACCGCCGGCGAAUCGUGUCGUCUGAACUCUGAGCCAGCUGUGGAUUAGGUUUUUUUUUGUUGUUGUUGCGUGGAAAGAGAGGCUGUGAGAGACGAGGGAUGUGUAAUCUGAUGAGCGAACAACCGACCAAACCAACCUUGGACGCUGUCCUGUCCGUCUGUGGUGUGGUGUGGUGUGUUGUGUUGUCCUUUUUCUUGUUCUUCUGUUUUCUUUUGUUUUUAAUCCGACUUCACACUGCUCUGCGCUGUAUGGUUGACUCUUCUCGUCUGUGAGGAGACGAGCACGGUGAAUCGCCGAGACUGGGGAAAAGACGCUUGCUUUUCUUGCUUGCCGUUCACAGCA